GGAGGGACAAAAUAUUUCCAAGGCAAAAUCAUCUUCAUCCCAGCCUGCACGUAUUCAGCAUAUUCCCCUAAAUUUCAAAACCCUAGCUAGGAUGCUUUAAAAUUAUUGUCAACAUUGGAGUGAUGCAGCUGAGGUUUAGGGUUCAAUCGCAUUGAUCAGAUAAAUUUCCUCCUAUUCUAUAAAGUAAAGGAAAAAGUAUUAAUUGAGCCAUCCAUUUACGAGGCCAGAGUUGAAUCUGCAAAUUACACUUGGCGAUUUGGCAAUUCCAAUCAUGGCGGACGAGAAUUCAGAUAAUCGGCAGCAAGAAGAUUCUGCCGUCGGAGAUGGCGGUGAUAAAUGCGGUAAUGUCGACGACACUAACACUGCAAGUAGCUCAAAUUCAGCAAUGGCAGAUGGUUUGUCUCGGUUGAUUUCAUCUGUCAUGACUGCCUUCGAUUCCCGAGCUGAAGCCACUGGCCGGAGCCAAGAUCAACUCGCCUUCGCACUCGAUCGUCUCACCGGAGAGCUUGACAAAUUGCUAGAGGAUGCUCCAUCACCGUUUAUUAUGCAGCACGCAGCUAGGAUUUCUGGUGUUAGGAAAAGGGUUAAAUCAUUGAAUAGUGUUUUGAAGUCCAUUCAAAGGAGAAUUGACAAUAUGGAUCGGAUGCUGUCCGCUGGAUUAGCUCAUGGUGCAGAAACAAUGGCGGGUGAAAGCAGUGAGCAGCAGCAUGCUCAAUAAGGCAUCACUUGAAAGCAGUGGCAGGAAUUUACAUCUCACUUCUUGUAGUUUAGUUAUUGAUGGAAACAACCAAUUGAGAAACUAGAAUACAUGCUGAUGACUGCUGCCUAUGAGCAAUCGUUUUAAUCUCUUUUGGGGAUAUUUUUUUGUUGGUUUGCCUAAGUAUUUUUUAUUUCAUCUUGUACGGUGCCACACUCAUAAAGUUACUAAUUCGAUAUGGUUGUUCAACAA